AUGGGAAAAUUGUUUUUAAUGUUGAGCACAGGAUGGUCGGUUAAAACACACGAUUUACAAGAAUAUGGUAAAAAAUCUCAAUCCCUCAACGAAAUGGAACAAAAUGCUAUAAAAAAAGUUAUACAAAGGGCCGAAAUAUUGGAACAAAGAGAACAAGAAAGAGUCGGGCGUUUGGUAGACAGGUUGGACAACAUGAAAAGAAACAUUAUGGGAAAUGGUACGACGCAAUGUAUAUUAUGCGGUGAUACAUUUCGAUUGUUUGGAACGUCAAAUUUUUUAUGUUACGGAUGCAAAAAGCUCGUUUGUGAAAAAUGCGGUAUUGAAAUAUUAUCAUCGAAUCAAGAACCAUUGUGGUUAUGUAAAAUUUGUUCGGAAACAAGAGAAAUGUGGAAAAAAUCGGGUGCGUGGUUUUUCAAAGGACUCCCCAAAUAUACAUUACCGGAAAAAAAAACGGAAAAAUACGGGAUGAGAAAAAUGACUAGGAUCGGAAUGGAAAAAAAUAAUUGGUCUAAAAGUAACACGGAUUUAUCAGCAUGUUCGGGAAAAAGCGGCGAUGAUGCUGAAAAAAAAUUACAAAAUAAAAACGAUAGUAAAAAGAAUAAAAAUGGUGGUAAAAGUUCAAAAACAAUUGAGGAUAUAGAAAAAAGUUGCGUACGAGGAACGUGUUCUAGUUUAAAUGUAAAUCAGUGUGAAAAAAGUCUAAAAGGAUUUUCCAGCGUUUCCGGAAGUUUGUUUUUUAAUUCCAGCAGCGAUAGCGGAAUGGAGAAAAAACAAGGUACGAAAGAAAAGUAUCAGAGAGAUAUAAGUGCAGAAAGUUCAGAAAGUACAAGUUCAUCAUUUAGCAGACAAACAAGUUUUACAUUUUCCGAAUCUCAACCCCUUAACGCAUCACAAACGAGUUACUUGUCUUCCGUUAAUCAAUCCUACGACAAGUUAUCAAUUAAUUGCGACAAAAACAAAUCUGAUUUUAUAUCGUCGACAAAUUCGGACAAAUCUCCGACAUCGAAUCGAAUCCCUUUGAAAUGUCUCGGAGGAUUCGAUAAAUACAAUAAUUCAUUGCCAAAAUUUUCUCAAGAUGAUAAAAUAUCAGACAAAACUGCAUCUUCCUAUCGAGACACGACAAUGAGAAAAUCACAUCAUUCGCACUUACCGUCAUCAUCAUCAUCAUCCGGUGGUAUGCAAAACACGAUGGCAGCUUGUUAUCCAGAGUCUUAUUAUUACGGUGACGCUGGAGAAAUACAACAAAAACACCGGAAAAAAGUUUCGAUAGAUUUUGGAAAAGCGACAUCGUUUCUCAAAUAUCCAUUAAAAGGAGAUAAAAAAAGAGAAAAAAAUAAAUUGAAUAAAUUCAGUUCUUCGGAAAGUCAUUUGGAAAGUUCCAGUGAAAGCGGAAGCGGAAGUGGAAAUUGUAGUCGGCGAGAAACACCCGAUGAUUUUUUUUCCGAAAGUGAAAAAAGUUUAGGCGGAAGAAUUGAAAGUCAGUCGGUACUCGGUGCCAAUCAUUGGAUGUCGCAAGAGAGUAGCAUUCAUACGUUUGAUUCUUUACUUGAUUUGAACUUUCAACCAAAAUGGAGCAGAAGAGAAUCUUUAACGUCAUUAUCCCGAGAUUAUUGGUCUGAAGAUCAAUUAUCGUUAUCGAGUUCGUUGGAAACGAAUCAGGAUGACGUAGCGGAAGGUCUCAUCGGUGGUAAAAAUGCUCAACUCGGGACUCUCGAAAUAUCACUUUGGUACGAUCCGGUUCGUUCAGCCUUACAUUGUACACUUCACAGAGGAAAAGGACUCAGAGCGACGGAUAUAAACGGAUUAGCGGAUCCUUUUUGCAAAUUAAACAUAUUACCAACGAAUGCGACAUCGUUCAGAUUAAAAACUAAAACCGUACAUAAAACCAUUAAUCCGGAAUUUAACGAAACCGUUAAUUUUUACGGUAUAACAGAAAUGGACAUACAAAAAAAAACUUUGCAUAUUUUAGUUUUAGAUGACGAUAAAUAUGGUAACGAUUUUUUGGGGGAGGCAAGAAUUCCUUUGUUCAGAGUAGGAGCAAAACAAACGAAACACAUAACAGUAUUUUUAGAAAAACAUUAUCAGGUCGAUGAUGAAAAUAAAGUUUGGGGAGAAGAUAAUUGGAACAGAGGGAAAAUAUUAAUAACUUUAUGUUAUUCUACGAAAAAACGUGCAUUGAUUGUCGUCAUCGGAAGGUGUACGAACCUCUUACCGAUGGAUAACAAUGGUCUAUCGGAUCCUUUCGUCAAAUUGCAUUUAUCUUCGGAUCCGAAUCAUAAAAAAUAUAAAACGUCGGUCAAAUGGAAAAAUUUAAAUCCGGUUUUUAACGAAGAAUUCGUUUUCGAAACUAAAAUGACUGAUUUACCCAAGCAAACCCUGAUAUUAACGGUUUGGGAUAAAGAUUAUGGGAAAAGUAACGAUUAUUUGGGAGGUUUAGAACUUGGAUGGAAGUCAAAAGGUGAAAGAUUAAAACAUUGGAUUGAUGUUAUUAAAUUUCCCGAUCAUAAACACGAAGUUUUUUUUAGAUCCCGGAAAUUAAAAUUUAGUACGAUGUUUAUAAAAUCCGAAGCUCCUGCAGCCGAAAGAAACAAAAAUCCAAUACUGGAAGUACUUAAAAAUGUAAUUAAAGUUCCAGAAAAUACAAAUAGUUUUCCCAGUGUUAAAAUAUUGGAAAUUUCUUCUGGCACUGGUCAGCACAUAACGCAUUUUGCUAAACAUAUGAAUCCGCAAAUAUUCUGGCAACCUACCGAAUAUGAUAAAAGACAAUUUUCUAGCAUUUGUGCAUACAUUCAACAUGAUAAUUUAAAAAAUGUCGCACCUCCAGUUUAUGUAGAUAUUCGAGAAGAUUUUACUAAAUGGAAACCGAUUUGUAAUGAUCCUGAGAAAAGUGUUUCUACAAUUGAACCCAUAACAACAUUUAAUGAAAAUGAUUUCGAUUAUAUUUACAAUAGUAAUUUAAUUCACAUUUCAUCAUUCGAUUGUACAGAAGGUCUUUUUUAUAAUGCUGGAAAAUUAUUAAAAAAUGGCGGUUGGCUUAUAACUUAUGGUCCAUAUGGACAAAACGGUGUUCUUACACCAGAAAGUAAUGUUCAAUUUGACAGAGGAUUAAGAAUGUCUGAUCCAUCAUGGGGUAAAAAAAUAAUUUAA